AUGAAUCCUGAGAUCCGCCAGACCCUAAAUACAAUCUCCCGUAACCUCGAGUCCGCCAACGAGGCUGCACAAGAGAGGGUCUACACCUUCACCCAGCUUGUUAUUGACCCUUGCUUGAGUGGGAUAAGAGGCUGCUUGAACGACUGCACUGCAACAUGUUUUCCGAAACGGGAAGACCGAAUGCGCCGGCGUCGAGCACGAUCGCGUGGACGAUCUGACCUACAUUUCGACUUCUAUGAUGAUUGGGAUGAUGAGGAAGACGACAAUUACGGAGCUGGAUCUUGGGGAAAUGACGAGCUGGACAGUCUGCUUGCAGGACGAGGUGUGAAGUCCAUACAGCCCGGCCGUCAGCGAGCUAUGAGUUAUGGCGCAAGGAACCGCCGACCUGCCCAUGCGCCAGGAGAAGAGAACCCGAACAUCAUUCCGAGCUCCUCAUAUCUAGGAUUUCUUGAACGCUUCAAAUGGAGACCUGGCGCACGUGGUGUGAGGUACAAGCCCUCCGCCGCUGAUCUGCAGGAGCAGCCUAGCGCAACUGCGCUAGGUAGAGAUGAAACAGACCCACUGAUAGAAGAGAGCGAGGACGACGAUCGGGUCACGAACACAAGGAAGCAUCGUAGGCAGCGUAGCGACACCGAAAACUCCAGAUCAACAACCAACUCUUUGAGCUCGAGGGGCGAUCUUAUCAUGGGCGACGAGGAAGAGGAUGCCCAGCCAUUGGAUGACGAAUUUGCGGUCAUGCUUACAAGGACAAAUACCGGAGGCUCAAGGCGUCCUGGUCUAUCAUCGAGGAAGUCAGCCAGGACGACAUCCAGCAAGUCUAGCAAAAGUAUAGCGACACAGCGCUCCAACAGCAGCAAGAGCCUACAGCCUAUUAUUGCUUCACCAACGUUGGAGAGUACACAGGCUGAACCUCCCUCUCUAUCUGCGCUUCGUGCAGAAGAAGAACAUCUUAGAAGAGAGCAGGAAUUAGAAAUUGCCCAGAAACGAGAGGCUGCGGUCCAUAUUGCAAAACAACGCGGUUUGAACGCAGACACACUCGACUCUGGGGGAAGUCAGGAGACCAAGCCAUUGACCAUUGAGGUUGCAAGCACACAAAAACCAUCAGGUGAAAACCGAGAGAUGUACCAGCAGGACCUUCAACCAAUAACGCAAGACAAGAGCCCUAUUCAAAGUCCGGUACACGAGAUCGAGCAACAGCUCGGCCCUGCCUCACCUGUAUCGACCAACACUGGAUAUCACGCCGAUAGUGAGACUGAACCCUUCCCCUCUUUCCCAACUUCGCCUUCGAAAGAGAGUGAGGAGCAGGAUCGACCGCCAUGA